AUGACCCUGCUAUUCAGCGAAGCCCCGGCAUCGCCUGGCGAGAAUUGGUCCUUCGAGUCGGAUAGUCUUGAAUCGCCUCAAGCUUCUGCUCUCCUGCUAAAAAAGUAUCGCGAUCCUGCCGCCAGCUGGCUGGCGCUUCUGCUACGCUGCAGGACUGAUCGAACCGCGCAUCGUGAAUGUGGCAUUUGGCCCCGACACCCAGACGCAGCGCAGCAACUUUCGAUUUCAUCCGAACGAAUAGACGCCCGCUCGUUUCAGUUCGCCUUUCAACUGUUUCAGUUUACCGCCGAAGUUGAUUCGCGCCGCAGGAACAUGUGA